UCCCGCUGGUGUCUCUGCUGAUCCGUACACGUCGGCUUCCCUUGGUUAUUUGUCAAAGUGCGACGGGGGCCGUAAAGGAAAACACUGAUGUCUUGUGGAGGCUUUACGGCUGUGUGAGCCUGUUCUCUUGUGUUCCGUUGUUUCCAAAUUGGAGCCAAUAUGGACCCGAACCGGAUUAUCCAGGCCUUAAAGGGAACAAUAGACCCCAAGAUGAGGGUGGCAGCUGAGACAGAACUGAACCAGUCAUACAAAAUCAUCAGCUUCACUCCAACACUACUACAGAUCAUUGUAUCUGAUCAGGUGGAGUUCCCUGUUCGUCAGGCAGCUGCAAUUUAUCUGAAGAACAUGGUUACUCAAUACUGGCCAGACCGUGAACCAGUGGCUGGAGAACUGGUUUUCCCAUUCAAUAUCCAUGAAAAUGAUCGUCAACAGAUCCGGGAUAACAUAGUGGAGUGUAUAAUCCGUUCUCCAGACUUAGUACGGUCUCAGCUGACCCUUUGCCUACGUGUCAUCAUAAAACACGAUUUCCCAGGUCGCUGGACAGGUGUGAUGGAUAAGAUUGGAAUGUACUUGCAGUCACAUAACACUGGAAGCUGGCUGGGAAGCCAUCUGUGCCUAUAUCAGCUUGUUAAAAAUUAUGAGUACAAGAAAGCUGAUGACAGAGCGCCACUUAUUGCUGCCAUGCAGAUCUUUCUGCCACGACUUCAGCAGCAAAUGAUACAACUGCUCCCUGAUCCAUCUCAUUACUCUGUGCUCAUGCAGAAACAAAUACUUAAAAUAAUCUACGCCCUUAUCCAGUAUGCUCUGCCACUCCAGCUGGUGAAUAACCAAAUGAUGACACAGUGGAUGGGAAUAUUUAGCACUAUCGCUGAACGAGAUGUCCCUCAGGAAACCUUUCAGGUGGAUGAAGAUGAGCGACCAGAGUUAGUGUGGUGGAAGUGUAAAAAAUGGGCACUUCACAUUAUCACGCGCAUUUUUGAACGAUAUGGAAAUCCUGGUUCAGUCACUCAAGAGUAUAUUGAGUUUUCAGAGUAUUUUUUAAAGACUUUUGCAGUUGGGAUUCUUCAGGUCCUCUUGAAAGUCUUAGAACAACAACGGCAGAAGCAGUAUGUGUCCCCUCGUGUUCUACAGCAGGCACUCAACUAUAUGAACCUGUCAGUGACACAUUCUCCUACAUGGAAGCAACUGAAGCCUCAUAUGAAGAAUAUUUCCGAAGAAGUAAUUUUCCCACUAAUGUGCUACCAAGACGAAGAUGACGACCUAUGGCAGGACGAUCCUACUGAAUACAUUCGAUUGAAGUUUGAUGUGUUCGAAGACUAUGUUUCUCCAUCUACUGCAGCUGAAAACCUUCUUUUUACCGCUUCAGAUAAAAGAAAAGAGGUGUUACCAAAGAUGAUGAACUUUUGUUAUCAAAUCCUCGCUGGGCCUUCCACAGAUCCUCGGAAGAUAGAUGGGGCUCUGCAUGCUGUUGGCUCUUUGGCAGAAAUCUUAUUAAAGAAAUCUGUAUACAAGGAUCAGAUGGAGAUGUUUAUUCAGACUUAUGUUUUCCCCGUUUUACAAUCUGACCUGGGUUAUCUUCGAGCCAGGUGCUGCUGGGUCAUUCGUUCCUUCUCUGCAUUAAAAUUUCACAAUGAAGUAAACCUGCGAAAUGCAGUGGAACUGGUCAAGAAAAGUCUCAUCGAGGACAAAGAGCUGCCAGUAAAAGUGGAAGCUGUCAUGGCCCUACAGUUGUUGGUCAGCAAUCAGCCUUCAGCUAAAGAAUUUAUGAAGCCAUACAUUCGACCCAUCAUGCAAGAACUACUCCAGUUAGUCCGACAAACGGAGAAUGAUGACCUGAACAAUGUAGUCCAAAAAAUGGUUUGUGAAUACAGCCAGGAAGUGACUCCUUUUGCAUUGGACUUGACACGGCAUUUGGCUGACAUAUUUAUCAGGGUCAUACAAAGAGAAGAAUAUGAAGAGGUGGAAGACAAGACUGUAGUGGCUAUGGGCAUCUUACAAACGCUUGAUAUUGUGUUUACGGUUUUAGACAAUUCCAACGAGGUCAAGCAGCAGUUAGAAACAAUAUGUUUACAGAUCAUUGGCCUUGUUUUGCAGAAACAUAUAUUAGAGUUUUACGAAGAAAUCCUAUCUUUGGCGUUCAGUCUGACCAGCAGUAGCAUCUCCCAGCAGAUGUGGCAGCUCCUGGGCCUGUUGUAUGAAGUAUUCCAGAGGGACUGCUAUGUAUAUUUUACAGAUAUGAUGCCACUUCUUCACAAUUACAUCACCUUAGAUACAGAGAGUUUGCUCUCCAACCCCAAGCACCUGGAAAUUAUUUACACCAUGUGUAAAAAGAUGCUCACAGGGGGUGCCGGAGAAGAUGCAGAAUGUCAUGCAGCCAAACUACUAGAGAUCAUAGUUCUGCAAUGUAAAGGCCGCGGAAUUGAUCAGUGUAUACCACUCUUUGUCGAAACAGUACUGGAGAGAUUAACAAGAGAUGUUAAGACUGUUGACCUGCGCACAAUGUGUCUGCAGGUGGUGAUUGCAUCUCUGUAUUAUAACCCGGACUUACUCAUGCACACCCUGGAACAAAUCCACCUCCCCCACAGCACAGAAUCGAUCACUGCACAGUUUAUCAAUCAAUGGGUGAAUGAUACGGACUGCUUCUUGGGGCUGCAUGACCGGAAGAUAUGUAUAAUAGGACUUAGCAUCCUGAUGCAACUUCCAAACAGACCCCCGUCAGUCCCUGCUGUGGCCCCACUAAUUAUACCUUCAAUUCUCCUCCUUUUCCUUGGCUUGAAGAAGGUGUAUGCUGUCCGAGAAAGACCUUACAAGUUUUGUUCACGCAGCUUAAAGGCGAAAACAGAGGAAAGCGAGGAGAUUCCAACUGACGAGGAAGAAAAUAGCAAUGUAGGUCAAGCUAUGCAGGAAAGUAUAGAUGAAGAUGAGGAAGAGGAUGAUUGGGAUGAAGACAUUCUGGAGGAGACUGCAUUAGAAGGAUUCUUUACACCUUUAGAUUGUGAAAGUUCCGUGGAUGAAUAUCAGUUCUUCACAGAAGCUUUGCUCAGUGUGCAAAGCAGAGAGAUUGCCUGGUAUCAUACCCUGACAGCUUCACUCAGCAAUGACCAGAAAAAACAGCUGCAGGAGAUCUACAAUCUGUCAGAGCAGAGGAAAUGUGCUGCAGCUGCACGAAAAAUGGAGAAGCAGAAACAACAUGCCGAAGAAACCUUUUGUGGAUCACAAAAUAAAUGAAUGUUCUGAGAUCUGGUGUUUCCAUGCAUUGCCACUUUUUACGGAUAGAGUUCUUGCACACAAAGGAAUGAUUACAAGUGAUCUUUAUAGACUUCUGCAACUCGUCCAACCCAUGGCAAUAGACUUCUAAAGAGAAACAGGAGUUUCACAUUUUCGACAUAGAUGUGAUUCUUGGAUUUUAGAUGUGUUAUCUGGGUAACUGUGCCUAUGACUCUGAACUGGCUGCUGGAAGAUAUGAACUAUAUAAAUUAUGUCUUUGGACUUCACUGGAUUAUAUAUAUAUAUAUAUAUACAUAUUUUUUUUUCUUAUUUAGGCACUUUUACUUGGUGUUCUGUUCCUUGUUUUUUGUACCAACUUGGAUAGUGAAGGUCUAUAGAUGGACUUCUCACCUGGUUGGCAGUAAGAGGAACUAAAUUGUUUUGUACAGAACUCAAUUCAAUUUUCAAUUAAUUAUCUAGUCUUUGUCAGCAUUUUCAUUUUUUUACCUAAAUCGUUUAUUUAAUUGCUGCACAUAGACAAGUAAAUUGUUAAGCAUUCUG